CGACGGCCACAGCUCACGUUCGCUCGAGGACAACCCCUCCGACCACCACCACCGCCACCACUGCUCGCCGCGCUCGAGUCUGCCGUGCCCCGCGACUCAAUCGCCUUCCGUUUCCUCGACCGGUUACGCGCUUGUUUCCACCGACCGCUACACCUCGCGUCCGCACCACCACCGCGCGCCGGCGACGGUUGCCUAGCAUGCGCUCAUAAUCUUGGCGAUGAGUAGGAUAACUUCAGCGACGAGGGUCUCUGGUUGAUACCUGGAACGGCAUCAUGCCUGGUCCUUUCGAUCCCAGCGCGGCUUCGGCCGCGACAGCGCCCCCUCCACCUGGGCUCGGAUUCUCUGUCUAUUCGGAAAAGGUCGACCUCGACGUUGAUUUCGCGGAACGCACACUGAGCGGACGGGCGGAAAUUACAGUCCAGCCUCACUCGAAAGGACUCAAGCAUGUCAAACUGAACUUGCGGCAAGCGCAUGUCAAGCAAGUGCAGGUCGAGGGGCGGAUGGCUGAGUUUCGCCACGACGAUCCUCACUCGCAUAUUUAUCUUUCAGAGAGGAGCACGGUACACCACCAUCGAAUCCUGCGGCAAAAGGUGGAGAAACACCUGGAAGGCGAAUGUGAUGAUGACUUGGUCCUCAAAAUCCCCGAUAAGGUGCAAAUUAGGGAACUGGGCGCCUUCACAGCUGAAUCGCAAAACCUCAUGGGCUUCGGCUCACUCGUAGAAACGCCAGCGCUCAGAACAAUUGACGACAAUGGGCCCGUUCUCACGCCGCUUAAGAUCGUCAUCGACUAUGAAAUCAAGAACUUCCGGGAUGGCCUUCACUUUGUUGGCCUAGAGGAAGGAGAUACAAGAUACCCACAUGUCUAUACGCGGAAUACACAGUUUCCAGGUACCGCUUCCUGCUUGUUUCCAUGCGUGGACGACGGAUCUUCGCGCUGCGUCUGGGACAUUUCUAUACGGUAUCCGAGAACGCUUGGCGAUAUCUACCGGAACGCCGCUUCCCUGCCUUUGACCAACAGUGCAAAUGGGGUACCCACACCUCCGCUUACACAGGCCAACGGCCUGCCGAACGGUGUCAGUCACGAUAGUGAUGUGCCAAUGCCUGAUGUCGAUGAGAACCCCUUGGAUCUAAGUGAAGAAGACAAAGCGCUGGAAUUGUCGGUAAUCUGUUCUGGUGACAUGACCGAUGAUAUUGUCGAUCCCAAGGACCCCUCUCACAAAACGGUAACUUUCAGCUGCGCGUCGUCCGUGGCACCUCAACACAUUGCAUUCGCCAUAGGUCCUUUCGAACAUGUUGACCUUUCGGACCUGCGCGAGAGUGACGACGAUGAGAUGAUGGGCCAAGCUGCUAUCCGAGUGCACGGCUUCUGUCUGCCAGGAAGGAACGACGAAGUCAGAAACACGUGCAUGGCUUUGGCUAAGGCAACGGAUCAUUUCUCCAAGACGUACAUUUCCUACCCCUUCACAAGCUAUAAGGUUAUAUUCGUAGACGACCUUACUCCUGAUAUCGCUCACGCGGCAUCACUCUCACUAUGCAGCAAUUCCCUUCUCUUUCCUGAGGACAUAAUGGAUCCACUGAUACCCGUUACACGCAAGCUCGUCCACGCGCUUGCUAGUCAAUGGAUAGGUGUAAAUGUCAUCCCCAAAGGUCCUCAGGAUUGGUGGGUAAUCUAUGCAGUAUCUCACUUUAUGGCGGACGACUUUAUGGAACAGUUGUGUGGCAGAAACGAACACCGAUUCCGGAUGAAGACUAUGGCGGACAAGGUUGUCCAACUUGAUGCAAACAGACCAUCGCUGCAAGACCUUGGAGAAUAUCUCGCCCUUGAUCCUUCAGAGGUCGAGUUUAUGGAGUUGAAGGCCCCUCUAGUCAUGUUCAUUUUGAAUCAGAAGAUCAAGAGGAUGGCAAAAAUGGGAGUGGCGAAGGUCAUCUACAAGGUCCUCCUUCAAGCGAAGACUGGUAAGCUGCAGAACGGAACCAUUUCCACCGAAGAUUUCACUGGAAUCGUGGACAAAUACCUCGAAAGUAAGCCGAUACCCGAUUUUUGGAGACAGUGGGUGUAUGGCGCUGGAUGCCCACACUUUUUCGUCACACAACGCUUCAACAAGAAGAAAUCUGUCAUCGAGUUUGCUAUCAGGCAAACUCAGGGUGAAAAGGGUGACGACUUGGACGACUUUGGGCAAGAAGUUAAGGAUCUCGAUCCAACCAGCUUCAUGAAAGAGAUCAAAGAAGGCAACAGUAGCAUGGAGAAGAAGAAGCCGAAGAGGGUUUUUACUGGUGCCAUGACAAUCACAGUUCAUGAGGCGGAUGGGACGCCUUACGACCAUGUCGUACCCAUUCACGACUCCACAACGAGGUUUGACGCCCCGUACAACACCAAGUACACCCGACUAAAGCGGUCUCGGCGGCAGAAAGAAAGAGCUGCUGCUGCUGCGGGUAUUGACAUAUCUGGUGAUGGCGAAGUCCAAGACGACGUCCUGCUUUACUGCUUGGGCGAUAUCUUGGAUGCCGAGCAAGACGUUCAAACCUGGAAAUUUGCCGACUGGUCGCCCGAGGACGAAAAUGCCAUGAACCAAGAAAACUACGAGUGGAUUCGGAUGGAUGCCGACUUCGAGUGGAUUUGUAAAAUCACGUUUGCACAGCCGCAUUACAUGUACGUUUCGCAGCUGCAGCAAGAUCCCGACGUGGUAGCGCAAGUCGAGUCGGUUCAAUACCUCAUGUCGCAAAGACCUCAUCCUCUCAUAUCGACCAUUUUAACGCGCACACUUAUGGAUCAUCGUUAUUUCCACGGAGUCCGCACGAUGGCUGCCGACGGCAUUGCAAGAUGUGCCGUGCCAUUCGGACCUGAAAUUCAUAACAUAGGCCUUUUCCAUUUACAGAAAGCAUUCCAAGAACUUUUUUGUCUUCCGGACUCGCCAAUGGUCCGCUCCAACGACUUUUCGAAUAGGAACCAAUACCUGGUCCAGUGCGCUAUUCCUAGAGCGAUUGCGAAGUUCCACGAUGAGAACGGAAAAGGUCACAUGUUGGCGAAGAGGUGGAUCCUUGACAAGUUGAAGUUCAACGACAACUCUCACAACGAGUUCUCAGACUGUCACUAUGUGGCAACUCUGCUCUCUUGUCUCGCCGAAGUCCUCAAGAAUGACAAGAAGACUAACAACUUGGCACAAGACGAAUUUGACUUUAUGGAUGAACAAGACAUAACUGAGUUCCAGAAGGACGCAAUGAACGAAAUUGAGCGUCAUCGAAGGCUUGAUGAAUGGAUACCUUCGUAUCAAAACGUGAUCACUGGCACGGCGCUCCAUUGUCAGCAGCUUCUGAUGGAAAAUGGAAUUGUCCCUCGUCAGGCCGUGGAUUUCUUGCAGUACACCAAACCGGGGGCAGCUGACUUCGUCCGCCUCAAGGCCAUGGAAUGUCUGGUUGAGCUGGACAUGCUUCUGUCACCAACCAUUCUAAAGUUCCUUUUCUACACAAUGGCGUACGAUCCUUCGCCGUAUGUUCGGGAACAAGUCUACCAUAUGAUCGGCCGAGGCCUUGGCAAAAUUGCCAUUGGGAAGAAAGAGCAGGAAGAAAAGGCCCCGGCAGUUGAAGAUGGCGGCCUCGUUAUCGAGCAGGAAGUUUCCACCGAAGUUCGCCAAGCAAUUAAGGAGCGAACACAGACCAUAGCCGGUGCGCGAAAGGCUUUGAAAGCGGAGCUUGAGAACAACCAAGUUCUGAAGGAUGCCUUAAGAAAAGCACUCACAUCGCCCUCGGUGGGCCUUCAAGAAUGGGGACGUAUACUGGAGCUUUGCCAGCUGCUUUUUGAGCCCAAAUUUGAUCUGGUUGUUGCCAUUAAAUACCCCAAAUAUUGGAGCGUCAGACAUCUCGGAAAGGGCAAAUUGACCUUUUCCAGAAGCCAAAAACUGCGCACGAAGCCUCUCAACAAGAUCAAGGGAGAGCAAGCACUUUUGCGCAAAUCCACAGAAAAACGCCGUCGGAGUUCAGUUGCAGACGCACCACAGGCCAAAAGACCGCAUGUUGGUCCAUCUGCUCCACCCAAGCCGAAUGGCCUACCUUCACUCAAGCUCAACUUGGGAGGCGUCAAGAAGGAACCGAGCGCACCUGCUUCUGCAACCACCCCUUCGGCAGCGCCAAUCGUCAAACCUCCAACCCCGAGCGUCCCCGCUCCUCCUAAGAUACAAUCUCCAUUUCCGAAAAACGUCAAUCCGUUCGCGAAGCCGCCUACGCCUUCUCCAAGACCUACACCGGAUUCCAAUGCGCCGCCGAAGAAGCGUCGCAAAAUGGUCAGAUUCAAGGUCAAUCCUCAGAGCUUGGCCAGCAUCCUCCGCAAACCUCCCGCCCCCACGAUUCCGCGCCCGCCCAAGGUUCAUUCGUCUCUCAAUGGGUCGAUCCGGCCAUCACACCCGCAGCAACGCCCACUCGGGCAGCAGUCAAAGCCACGACCGGAAUCGCGGCCGGAGUCGCGGACAGAAGCGCGACCGGAUUCGCGCCCAGCUUCACGAACAGAGAUGCGGCCAGAAGCACGGUCGGAGUCUCGUCCGCUACCACGCCCGAUAGGAGCACCGUCGGCCUCGCGCCCAGUAUCAUCGCGGCCGGAAUCGCGACUUGACAGGCCGGAUUCACGUCCCGUGUCACGACCGGCAUCGCGCCCAGCAUCUCCGGCAGUCGGACACCGUCCAUCGCCGUCGCCACAUAUGCAGCGGCCACCGUCGGUCAACACUCAGCGCGCGCCUUCGAGUGGGAUUCCGCGGCCUAAUCCGAUUUCAAAGCCGGCAGCGCAACCCAUAAGGCAACCGUCUGCAGGCAGCCCUGCCUCGACGACGACACCGGCCGGGAGCCCGCCGGUUUCGGCAGGAGGCGAGGGUAAGCCGAAGUUGAGCCUGAAGCUGAAGCUGGGGAAGCCGAAGCCACCGGCAGAUAGUAGAUAGAUAAUGGCGAAUGGAGGAAGUUCGGUUUUGUGGUGACUGUUUCGUUCAUUCAAAAGUUGCACGCAGGCACGGCGUUCCGGGCACCAGGCGGCGGCCGGUCUGGAUUUGCAUGCAUUUUUUCUGUUAGUAGGUAGGUAGUUAAUGCGCUAGGCGGCGGCGGUGGCAGUGAAAGCAUUUUCUCGCGUCGGCGCUCGCGACGUUGGCGGUAGCCGGAGCGGCGUGGCGGUAAGUGGCCUAAGCCCCGACUAGAUUAGCGUAGCGCGGAGCUUUGGGUUACUAAGAAUGGGCAAAAUUUCAAUUUGUGC